AUGACACUCGAUUAUGAAAUUUACAAAGAGGGGGGGCUGUUGAAAGAACGGUACCAGAAGUUAGAGGAUAUUAGUGAGGGCUCUUAUGGAUAUGUGUCCCUUGCCAAGGAUUCGAAACUCAAGAAGUUGGUGGCAGUUAAAUAUAUAUUCAAGACUGAAGAUGACGAUGAUGAUGAUGAUAGGUUCAAGCAUGGUAAAGGCGUAGAUGAUAGUUCUAGAAAUUCGUCAUUGGAGAAGAGACAUUUGCUUUUAAAGCGUCAACGUUCCUUGAUAUCCGAAAAAGUUCGGUCCAAGCUCUCAGAUAAUGUUUGCUUUGAAGCUUUAUAUGAAGUUGAUAUUAAAAACAAGAUUGGUAAGCACAAGAAUAUUGCUGAAUUACUAGAUUACUUUGAUUCGUAUAUUAUCAUGGAAUAUUGUUCUGGAGGGGACCUUUACGAGGCUAUUAGAGCGGAUCUUGUUCCCAAAAAAACAAAGCAGUUAACACACAUCAUUUCUCAAAUUAUGGAUGCUGUUGAGUAUGUUCACAGCAAAGGGAUAUAUCAUCGGGAUAUUAAGCCUGAGAAUAUUUUAAUUGCAGAUUCCAAUUGGACAAUAAAAUUAACCGACUGGGGGUUGGCCACCACAGAUGAGACCUCUAUGGAUAGAAACGUCGGAAGUGAACGGUAUAUGGCACCUGAGUUAUUUGAAAGUAACCUGGAUUACGACGAACGAGGAGAGCCGUACAACUGUAGCAAGGUGGAUAUAUGGGCUAUCGGAAUCGUUUUGCUAAACAUUGUUUUCCACAAAAACCCAUUUAGUGUUGCUAACCAGUCCGAUAAGUCUUUCUGUUAUUUUGCAGCCAAUCGGGAGGCUCUAUUCGACGUCUUUUCCACUAUGUCGUAUGAUUUUUUCCAACUCUUAAGACAUAGUUUGACGAUUGAUCCAACGAACAGGUAUUUACACCGCAUGAAAGAGGAGUUAGGUAGACUUGGCGAAUACACAUUGGACGAUGAGUACCAUAAUAGUAUCAAUGAUAGGGAUGUUGCAUCUGAAGAAGAAGAUGCGUACAGUGCAUUCUCAAGGUUCCAUGAAAUUGACUCGUCAAAUACUACCACGACUCCAAUUUCAGAAACGGAUUCAAUUCCGGUAACCCCAUCCCCGGUCCCUGUUUCUGCCAUCACUGCAGAAACACAUAUAACUCCGGUUCCUUUGAAAAAGGAAUCGAAGGACCCAAUACCAAGGUUUACUUUUACGAAAAGAUCGCAUCCUAAACCUUCUUCAGAGAAAAAUACUAAACCAAUAAAAAUAAAACACAGUCGGAAAAUUAUAAAACAUACGAGGAAACCACUUGGUAUUCCCACACCAAAUAGCCAUAUUAACAACUUUAUCCAUGAAUAUAGUCAAGACGAUGCUGACGAUUUCAAUACUAGAAACUUUUACACUCCUCCUAGCCUUCACAAUAAGUACAUGGAAGGUGUUUUCAACAGGAGGAAUAGAAAUCGGAGACAUAGUCAUAAUUACAAUUCUAACGAUAUUAAUGGCAAUGGCAAUGGCAGGCCAAGUUCUGCAAACGCUGCCACAAGAUCGUCCUUCCAAAGUGCGGGUUCAUACGGAAACAAUGGUAAUAACCAUAACAACAUUACCAGCAAUGGUAAGAAUGGGUCAUCCUCAAUGACUGGACAAAAUUCACCUUCUAGCGGGAAAUAUGUGCCGCCACAUUCGAGAAAUUCAAUUUCAAAUGCAUCUCCAAACAAUUUAACGAAUUCAGCAUAUGUUGAUGGUGAUUCUCCAAAGGCUGGUGCUACUUACCAUGAGCAGCACCGUCUUGCUGUAGACACUGAACCAGAUGUCGAUGACGUGCUAUUCACCUUAGAGGAGUCGGAUGUGGAUAAUUUCAUAAAUGACAUUUCAAAUUUAUCUGUCAAAGAUCAUGAUAAAAACUCAAUGCAUCAUGCUCGAACACCAGGAAAUUUGGAGGCGAUUAGUACUGCAAACGGUAAUAACCAUGCAAAUGGACACCUUGUUACGUACGUUCCAGACUUAUUGAAAUCUCCACAUUCUCCGUCGCCUGAUUUGCACGAUCAUCUGAAGAAUUUUAAUUUUAACAUGUCGACCAGUGGCCGGAAGCAAAAUAAUCCAGCACCUGAAUACAAGCCGAAGCCCGGAAUAUACAUUCCGCCUCACCACCGAAAGAGCGUAACUCAAGUUACAUGUAACAAUGUGAAUGGUUCUCUGGACGGCGUGAGUAAUACUUUGUCUGUCGAAAGUGAAAAUUAUAAUUCUGGUCCGACUUCAAAAAAGAGUGCUCUGAAUAUAAGAAAGCCUUCAACUUCUGGCAGCAAUCAUAACAACAACGACUACAACAACAACGAUCAUAACAUAAACAUUAGUCACGGCUCUAACAAAUUUGAAGCUCACACAAGUAAAUUUGAUAAGCCUUAUAUGCCACGGAAUCAUGCUGUUAGUACUACUGCCCUCCAGAAUGCAGAUGUUUUUGCUCAUACGAACUCGAUAAUGUUUGAUUGUACUGAGGUUCAUCAUCCUAGAAGGACUUCACUGUACACUCAAUCGCCAUCGAGGAUUAAAAGCGGACGAAAAUCAUCCAUACAAGAUGACUUAGUCGGCUCGUUAGAACAGUACAAAAACAACUGGCUAAUUUUACAGCAGCACCAAGAUUAA